UAAUCAAUCGCAGACCCAAACACGGCCUAACAAUCAUUUUCCCUCGAGAAAGUUCCUCGUCGGAGCAAAAACCCCAAAUCGAUUUUGGUAACAUAAGAUACACAAACCCUAAUGCUGAAGUCAAAUUCCUGAGUAAUUCUUCCCGCCAUUGUCUUCUCUGGGUCUAUCUUUUACGGAAUCUGUCUCUAGCGAAGCAGAGGAAGAAAAAAAACUUAAGUGUUCGAUGCAUUCGAGGUCGGGUCGGACACGGCGGUCUUCUUUCCUGAAACCGGGAUCCGCCGUGGAGAUAAGCUCCGACGAGCAUGGGUUUCGGGGCUCGUGGUACCCGGGGACGGUCGUCCGGCGAUCUUCCGACAAGAGCCCAGCGAAGUACCAGGUGGAGUACGCGACCCUGUUCUUGGACAACGAGGGGAAGAAGCAGCUGAGGGAGAUCGUGGAGUUGCGUCAGCUUCGCCCUCCGCCGCCGCCGGAGAAGGGGAGAGACUUCGCGGUGGGGGAAGAAGUGGAUGCUUAUUACAAUGAUGGGUGGUGGGAAGGUGUCGUGACGGAGGCUCUGGGUGAUGAAGAAUUCAAUGUUUUCUUCAGGAGUUCGAAGGAUCAGAUUCGAUUUCGGAAGAAUGACCUGAGGUUGCAUAGGGAGUGGGUUGAUGGUGCUUGGAGGCCGCCGGUAGAGGCGGAAGAAGAAGACGAAGAGGAAGAAGACGAAGAAGAAGAGAACAUUUUGUGCAAAGUAGAUCCAGAAAUCGUCAAAGCAAUCGCAAAGCAAGAGUUCUCCAACGAUACAGUUGUUGAGGUUUGCAGCGGGGAAGAAGGUUUUGAGGGCUCUUGGUUCGUGGCUAGAAUUGUUGAACCCAUUGGAGAAGACAAAUACCUUGUCGAAUACCGGGAUUUGAGAGCAGAAGAUGGCGUAGAGCUUCUGAGAGAAAAAACUGACUUUCUGCACAUACGGCCGCCGCCACCAUCGAAGGAGGAGGAUAAAGAUUUUGAACUGGGAGACAAGGUAGAUGCGUAUUACAAUGACGGGUGGUGGGAAGGUGUUGUCACAGAGAUUUUACCAGAUGGGAGAUUUGGUGUUUUCUUCAAAUAUUCAAGAGAGAGGAUUCGGUUUGGAAGGCAGGGUCUUCGGUUGCAUAGGCACUGGAUAAACGGGAACUGGCAGCUGUCAACGAAAGCAGGAGAGAAAAAGAAGGCAAAGAAAGUUUCACGCAAUGGGAAAGUGGGUACUAAGAAAGAAACCGGAAAGCAAGAGUUUAGCAUUGGAUCUGUAGUCGAGGUAAGCAGUGAGGAAGAGGGUUUUGAAGAUUCUUGGUUUGUUGCGAAGGUUAUCGAGGCCCGAGGGAAGCGAAAAUACCUCGUUGAGUACGAGAAACUGAAAGGUGAAGAUGGCAAGGAGUCUUUGAGGGAAGAGGUCGACGUUCUGCACAUGAGGCCUCGACCACCGGAGACAUUCAUGGUCGAGGGCUUUGUCAAACAUGAGAAAGUGGACGCUUUGUAUAAUGAUGGAUGGUGGGUUGGGGAGAUCUCGAAGGUUCUCGCCAAUUCGAAAUAUGUGGUUCACUUCAAGAAUACUCAGGAGUUCCUAAAGUUCGAUCAUUCUCAGCUGAGGCUGCAUCAAGAAUGGAUCAAUGGCAAGUGGUUAACACCUUCCAAGGCAGAAUGUGUGAUUUCGGGUUGAGAGCAGGCAAAGAUUAUUUCAAUGGCGUCAGCAAUUUGGUGCUCAGUUUUUUUUUUUUUGGGCUGGCUUCCUUCCCUUGAGAUACUUUCUACUACUAAUAUUGGCCAUGUCCUUUAGUAUCCCGCGAUGUAUUAGAGACGUAUAAUUCAGUAAAUAUCUUCUUAACAAUGCUGUAACCGUGAAGGAUGCUGCUCCCUCUUUGGCCUUGUCGGCUCAAUGGAUGUCUACUUUUUUUUUUU